AUGGCUCCCACGUAUGCCGAUCUUCUUCUACUCCUCCUUUCCGCCUUGGCCAUUAGCAAUCUUGAUCAAAUUUGCAUGGCCAAUGGAGGUAUGCAUAAUUCGAAAACAGAAAAUGUCGAGGCUGUCAAAGGCAUAGACGUCGGUGCCAUUGUGGACUUGAGUGCUCGAAUAGGUAAAGAAGAAGCAGUAGCAAUGCAGAUGGCUGCUGAAGAUGUACGCAACCAGACAAGACAACGUUUAACUCUGCUACUGAAAAAUUCUCAAGGAGAAGCUGUACAGGCAGUUCUCGCCGCUCGACAUCUUAUCAAGAAGAAGCAAGCCCUAGCUAUCUUGGGACCAGGGUCAGGGGAAGAAACAUUCUCAGUUGCCGAGGUUGGCACUCAAUUUGAUGUUCCCAUUCUAUCUUUAGCUGACUCGUGUCCUUCAUGGGGGACAAAACGUUGGCCAUUCCUAGUUCAAGCCUCUCCCAGCAAAAAUUUACAAAUGAAAGCAGUUGCUGCCAUUGUCCAAUCUUGGGGAUGGCGCCGGGUUAAUGUCAUAUAUGAGGACAUAGAUUCUUCUGCAGAUGGAAUUACACCUCAUCUCUAUGAUGCCUUGAAAGAAGUUGGAGCUCAAAUCAGCCACUUGACUGCCCUUCCAUCUCUUGCUAAUGCUUCAACACUGUCUGAAGAGCUCCAUAUGCUCAAAAGAGACCAGUGUAGAGUCUUUGUAGUUCAUGUCACUUUGGCCCUUGGGGUACGCUUAUUUAACAUGGUCAAGGAGAAGAAGAUGAUGGAACGAGGCUAUGUAUGGAUCACUACAGACAGUCUAACAAGCCUUGUCCAUUCCAUGGAUGCCUCUACGAUUUCAUCAAUGCAAGGUGUACUUGGAAUAAAAAGCUACUAUGAUGACAAAGGGCAGAAGUAUCAGGAUUUCUACCAAAGGUUUCAAUACAAAUUUGGCUUGAAGCACCCUGAAGAGAAGAACCAUGAGCCUGGCAAUUCUGCACUGGAAGCCUAUGAUGCCAUCUGGACAGUGGCUUUAGCACUGCAGGAAGGCAACAUCAAUCACCAACUUCUUCUUGACAAAAUUUCAACGGCAGAUUUCCCUGGAGUAAGUGGAAAAAUUCACUUUUCUGAGCAAAGAUUAGCUCCGGCAAAUGUAUUUCAAAUUACUAAUGUUAUAGGAAGGAGUUAUCGAGAAGUUGGAUUCUGGUCAUACGGCAAAGGAUUUUCUAUGUCUGUUGAUGAGACAGCCCAAUGGAAUGUCUCUAUGGAAGUUUUGGGACAGUUAUUUUGGCCUGGAGGACCUCCAGAUACUCCUAAAGGAUGGGACAUCCCAACAGUCUCCUCCACUCAUUUAAGAAUUGGCGUGCCCAGUGCACCCCUUGUCAAGUAUUUUGUGAAAGUGGAAAUUGAUCCUAUUACGAAGGGUUACUCUUUCUCAGGUUUUUCAAUUGAUGUAUUCAGAGAAUCUGUCAAGAAUUUGCCGUAUUUUCUAGGCUGUGAUUUCAUUCCUUUUGAGGGCACCUAUGAUGCUCUGGUGGAGCAAGUUCGACUAAAGAACUUUGAUGCAGCAGUCGGUGACAUAGCAAUUGUAUCUGAGCGAUAUGUAAAUGCAGACUUCACUCAACCUCACACUGAAUCAGGCCUAGUGUUGAUAGUCCCUACUCAAUCACAAUCUAAGAAAGGUUGGCUGUUCCUGGAGCCGUUCACAAGUGCAAUGUGGCUGCUUACAGCAUUAGUACAUAUCUAUAAUGGUUUUGUCAUAUGGAUGAUAGAACGAAAUUACUGCCCAGAACUCAAAGGAUCCCCUCUGAAUCAGAUGGGAACACUGCUCUGGUUGGCCUUUGCGACACUAUUCUCGUUACACGGUGAUAGGCUGCAUAGCAACUUGUCACGGAUGGCAACAGUGGUGUGGUUGUUUGUUGCAGUUAUCAUAUCACAAAGCUACACGGCAAGUCUAACCAGCAUGCUAACUCUCCCUAGGCUUGAACCUAAGGUGGCAAACAUUGAGACACUAAGAAAUAGCAAUGCAGUAAUUGGGCACUCCUCGAAAGCUUUUGUCAGAACUUAUCUAUUGAAUGUCUUACACUUCAAUCCAAACAACAUCAAGAAUUUUUCAUCAUUCGAAGAAUGUGCUGAAGAUCUUAAGAAUGGUAGAAUUGCUGGAGCAUUUCUUGAGGUUCCUACUUCUAAAGUUUUCCUUGCCAAAUACUGCAAGAGCUUUAUGACAGCAGGUCCAACAUACAAAGCUGGAGGUUAUGGAUUUGCAUUUUCUAAAGGAUCUCCACUGAUUGCGGACAUGGAUGAAGCGUUGCUGAAGGUGUUUGAAAGCGGGAGGCUAAAAGAAUUGGAGGACAAUAUGACAGCUCUUGAGAAAUGUGUGGAGAUUGAAUCAGAGAGUGAAACUCUAAGGCUAAGCCCCAGCAGCUUCUACAUACUAUUCAUGUUUACAGGAGGAACAUCAACAGCAGCCCUGGCAAUAUACUUUGUUCAUUCCAAAUUUAAGGUGGACAACACUGCUAUGCGUGAACAUAAACGAAUCUGGCUGCUAAUUCUGUUGGUGCUGAAACACUGGAGGAAUAAAAAAGCCCAAUUUCCAAGAAAUGUUAGCCUUGCUGAAACCCCCGUAGAUGCUUCAAGUCAUGUUUAGGGAUGAGAACAGGGCAAAUUCCUGUGGGGAUAGAAAUGGGAUGGGGAUU